GUGAUCGAUUCUUUGCUGCAAACUCACCAAACUGAACUAAAUUUCAAACAGUGUCUUAGCAUGUAGGAGUACCUUGCAGUUAAACUCCAGCACACGAUCAGGUUGCCGCCGGUUUCCUCGUAAGGCUGCCCUGAUUUUUCGGACAGGCCGGCUUCCCCCUGCAGAAGCAGCUGCUCUGUUCCUCCUCCACCCAUCCAAAAAAUGCCAGAGAAAAAUAAAUCUGACGGAAGGAGGAAACGGAAAAGGCAGAACGACAUACUAUUACCCUGCGCCCGUCUUCUUCGCAAGGCGAGGCGCACAUUCCGUCGUCUCCAUUGGCGCGCGCUCCACGUUUGCUUCCAUCGGUCUGCCGUGCCAAUGCCGUUGUGAGAGCCUGGCUGCCGACCGCGCCGACGCGCCGGAUGCGAUUCUUGCUUCUCUAGGGGGUCCCAGCUCGGAACGCGUCGGCAUCGGUGACGACUCAGUUCGACGCGCGGCUUUAAGAUGCCGCGCGUUCGUCUCCUGGAAUCGGCCGAGCGCUUGGCCUCCGCGCCCGCCGGGGGUCCGCCGCCGCCCCCGCCGAAGUCGUCAACCUCGCCGCCGCCGCCGCCGCCCUCAUCUCCUCCGCCGCCCAUACCGUCUCCGCCUCCUCCUUCACCCUCCGGUCAGAACAGCAGCAGUGCGACUUUCGAACAAUUUUUGGUAAAGGAUCCACCGAAGACGAGCGGAUCGCCUCCGCCGGGCAAGUCACCCACACCGUCCCCACCUCCUCCGGUUUCGCCCCCGCCCUCGCCCCCGCAGACAAGCCGGUCACCCUCACCCUCAUCUCCCCCGCCAUCUUCACCUCCCCAACGCUCGUCUCCGCCGCCUGCGUCACCGACACCACCCGAGGCAUCGACAUCGGCGUCGCCGCCACCUUCGCAACCAGAGAUCCCCGCACCGGCCACCCCGACCCCUCCGUCUCCCUCCGGUGCGGCGUCGGCUUCACCUGGGACGCGCUUUUCUUUGCCGGCCACCACCAGAGGUCAGACGCCGCCAGCUCCAGGGACCCCGUCCCCUCCCUCCACAUCACAAUUGCUGCCUUCGGGCGUGACAGUGAUUAUGCCGGCCUCGGGACCUCCUGCCGGCACGUGGCAGAGCCCUCCACAUACCAAACCCACGGCCGCGAGUCCACCUCCACCGCCCUUGGCACCUCCAUCGGGAGGUUCGGCUAUCACCGUGCCAAACGGGGUGCUCGUCGGGGUCGCCGUGGGCGGGUUCCUCAUGGCAUUGGCCUCGCUCUUCAUGGUGGCGUGCGUCACCAACCGGGAGAACAACGACAAACGGCGUCCACCCAUGCCCAUGCGCAAGAGGACCGUCGUGGUGCCGGCGCGUGGCGUGGCGUCGCCGGAGUACGUGUCGAGCGGGCCGGCGGCGCCGUCGCCGAGCGAGACGGGCUCGUACGACUUCUCCGGGUCCAAGUCGUGGUUCACGUACGACGAGCUGGCGGGCAUCACGGGCGGGUUCUCGGCGGAGAACGUCAUCGGCGAGGGCGGGUUCGGGAAGGUGUACAUGGGCGCGCUGGGCGACGGACGGCGCGUGGCGGUGAAGCAGCUCAAGGUGGGCGGCGGGCAAGGGGAGAAGGAGUUCCGCGCAGAGGUGGAGAUCAUCAGCCGCAUCCACCACAGGCACCUCGUCACGCUCGUCGGCUACUGCGUCACCGAGAACCACCGCCUCCUCGUCUACGAGUUCGUCUGCAACAACACGCUCGAGCACCACCUGCACGGGAAAGGACGGCCCGUGAUGGAUUGGCCGAAGCGGAUGAAGAUCGCGAUCGGAUCGGCCCGUGGAUUGACAUACUUGCACCAAGACUGCCAUCCUAGGAUUAUACAUCGGGACAUCAAGUCGGCCAACAUUCUCAUGGAUGACGCCUUCGAGGCGAAGGUUGCAGAUUUUGGUCUUGCUAAGCUGACCAAUGAUUCUAUGACUCAUGUCUCCACGCGCGUGAUGGGUACAUUCGGGUACAUGGCACCCGAAUACGCAUCAAGCGGGAAGCUGACCGACAGAUCCGACGUGUUUUCGUUCGGGGUGGUGCUCUUGGAGCUUAUCACUGGGCGGAAGCCUGUAGAUUCGUCUCAACCCCUUGGAGAAGAAAGCUUAGUAGAAUGGGCUCGGCCUGUCCUCGUGGACGCCUUGGAGACGGACGACUUCAGGGAACUCGCUGACCCUGCGCUGGAGUGCAGGUACUCCAAGACCGAGAUGAGAAGGAUGGUGGAGUCAGCUGCCGCUUGCAUUAGGCACUCCGGCACCAAGAGACCGAAGAUGGUGCAGGUGUGGCGAUCUCUGGACGUGGACAGCAGCUCGACGGAUCUGACCAACGGCGUCAAGCUCGGGCAUAGCACGGCGUACGAGUCGGGCCAAUACUCGGAAGACAUCGAGCUCUUCCGGCGGAUGGCGUUCGGAAACGACCUCAACACCGCAGAGUACGGCUUCUCCGAGGAAGACGAGCAACAGAGGACAGCAGCCGGACGAUGAGACCCAUCGAAUCAGCAAACUCGGUUCGCCGGCCGGUCAAAUCCUGCUGCAAAGCUGCCUCGAACGCCAUCGGACACCGAACUCGGGUUAUACAUAUGGAAGGCAGAUCAGGAGCUGGCGUGGUCAAGCGCGCCGCGCUGCACGGAAGCGAUUCAGCUUGGAGGACAGUUUUCUAAGCUUGGUUGUCUGCGUUGUUGUGUGCAAAUGCAUGUACCUAUGGCUUCAAAUAGAGCAAAGCUUUGGCAUUUGCAGCUCAACCAUGACAACUUUCACCUA